AUGGAGCCGCCGUCGCCGCGACCCACCGCCUCCUUGAAGCUCUGCCUCAUGUGCAGCUACAGCGUAGGCGUGGCCCCACGCCCCCAUUCCAAGUCCCUCUUCUACCACGGCGGCGAGACCCGCAUCGUCACCGUCGACCGCGCCUCCGCGGCAGCCUCCCCCGUCUCCUCCACCCUCGCCGUCGCGCCCCCCUUCGCCCUCAAGUACCAGCUCCCCGACUCCGACCUCGACGCCCUCAUCUCCCGCUGCAUCGACGACGACCUCGCCAUCAUGAUGGACGAGCUCGACCGCCUCUCCUCGUCUUCGCCCUCAUCUCCGCCGUGGGCCUCUCUCCAUCACCGCCAGCACCGGCUAUCUCCGCUUCCUCGUGCUCUGAUCUUCUCAUCGGUCGGUCGGUCGGUCGGUCGCUCUUCUUUGCCUCGCCUCAUUCGCUCUCCGGGUCUGUCCUGUGCUGCUCGUCGGCGCUCUGCCUCCGAUCCAUUCUGCUCUCGCGACUGCUCGUCCGCGCUGCUUCGUCGCCUCUCCGUCGUCGUCGCGGCAUUCAUCGUCGUGAUCUGCUCCGUUGCCUCUGCUCGCUGA